GGAUCGUUAUGGAUUACGAUAAGCUCUCUACCCAAACAAAAUGUCUUCUUCAUACAGUCUCAGAAAGUAUUGGUCAAUUAGAAAGUAUGAUACAUAGUUUAAAGUCAAGUUUGGAACUGGAUGAAAUAAAUAAAUUGUAUUACAGCUUAAAACAAGAUAUACAAAAUAUUAAUUCAAACUGUGAUCGUCUGUCAACUUUACUUUCAACUGUUGAACCAUAUUCACGUCGUUCUCAGUUACGUUUAAGUUUGGAUCAAACACGUUUUGAAUGUAAACAGUAUGAAACUAAUCUAAGAGUUAUUGAUAGAAAAAAGAAUGAAAAAUGGCGACACGUAGUAGAACGUGAAGAGUUAUUAUCUCAUAAUUUUUCUACUAAUGCAUCUGUACGUAAUAAUAAUGGUUUGUCUGGCUCAACCAUUAUCAGAUUGGAUCCUGAUUUAGAACAUUAUUCAAGAUUAUCUAAUGUUGGAAAGCAAAUUGACGAUAUAUUGAUAUCAGGGUCAUUUAGUUUAAGUGCUUUACAAGAACAAGGUCACUACUGUCAGGUUUGGGAUCGGACCGGAUGCUGUCAGAUAAUUUAAUUGAAACCAUUGUUUUGUGGCUGUGAAUGUGAAGAUAGAAUACUUAACAAUUAUAAUCAGUGUUUACCUAAAUAUGCUCCCUUACUUUUGAUUUCGUUUUGACUGUGGUAGUUCGCGAAUCGAAAGUCUUUCAGUUAGCAAAUGAGGGAAUUAAGUUUCUUUCCACCUGUUUUUCAUCAGGUCGUUUUCAUUGAGCCAAGUUCAGCCUAUUAAUAUCCAGGAUAUGUGUGUGUUCACUGAGAUGAAAAUGUUUUUAUUUUUUAAACUUAAUGUAAUAGUUGUUUUGUCGUUAAGGAUCUUUGUUGAACGUUUUCACACAAUUCUAGUGAUUACUUGUUUCAUAUGAUUGCUUCAACUUAAUUUGUAAUUAAACUUACUAGUGAAAGUAUAUGCCAAAAUCUUCACCACCACUAGUUAUUGUUUGGGUUCAAUCUACGAUUCAGCUACUUCUUGUUAUUUACUCGGUCAGAGGCUUUGUAAAAUAAGUCAUAUAGUUUUAAUAGAAAAAGAUCAAUCUUCUGAAAUUUAUGGUGUUGACUAUGUCCAAUUUUAAAGCUUUUGUUCUUAAGGUAGUCCGUAAGAACCUGUUCGUUUGCUGAAGCCAGUUCAUAGUGAAUGUCCUACCAGUACGGUACAUCCGACUGCUGGCAUAAAUGACAAAGUACAGUAAUACGACCACUUUUUAGAAAACAUGUUUUCUUAUUUUAUCAUAUUUGUACCGGACUUUGUGUUUACUGAUAAAUUUAUAUUUUUUACUGUUUAGAAUGACUUUAAAGAAGGCACAACGCCGUAUCAUGGAUGUUCUGAAUACUCUUGGUUUAUCAAACACUGUUAUGCGUCUUAUUGAACGGCGAAGUCACCAGGAUAAAAUAUUAUUCUGGGUUUUGGUGGCUGUUACAUUGAUCUUAUUUUGGGGUAUUUGGAGAUUUUUCCACUAGUCAUUCGUGUAAGCUUUUCUUGCCAUCCUUUUUUUAAGUGAUUAUUCGUGUGCGUUUGUAUUUUGAGUGCUCUACGUCUUUCAAUUAAUUCUUUAAUUCAGUGAUUGUAUCUGUGUAAGUUUAUCUUUCGUUAUUUUUGAAUGUCUUGGGAUAUGUACUGAUUUGUAAAUAGCGGCUGCUGUAUUUUUUUCUAUAUAUUCAAACAUGGGAUAAAAUUUUUUAAUAAACAUUUGAUUCUGGACCAA